CGAAGUCCCAGCAAAAGAGCAAACGUCAGAAAAGCAAAGCACCAGCACCAGUAAAAGCGAAAUUCCAGCAAAAGAACAAAGCAAAUCACCACUUAAUGCCACCAGCGAAACGAUGACACAAGAGAAUUGA